AACUGAAGCAAGCAGUGCCAAAGUCCCUAUAACAGCAGGUGGCUUUCUGACAUCAGCAGAGACUGGUGCUUUUUCCAGGUACAAAGGACCUCCAGAGCAGAGCCAGCCAGCAGCAAAAACAGCAUGGAGCUGAGGAGUACAGCAGCCCCCAGAGCUGAGGGCUACAGCAACACGGGUUUCCAGAAUGAAGAAAACUUUCUUGAGAACGAGAACACAUCAGGAAACAACUCAGUAAGGAGCAGAGCUGUGCAAAGCAGGGAGCACACAAACACCAACCAGAGAAUCAAAGGCCACAUUGGAUAUGACAGAAGACAAGUGCUGAGAUUUGACAUUAUACUUCUUAGAGCACACUCAAACUGCUCCACCUCCAUCUAUUUCCUCCCCCACCAGCUUCUGUACCAUUGGUUACAAGAGCCAGGCUUAUUAUUUGAGACAUUCUUGGAGACUGAAGACAGGAUGAAGAACAGGGCACAGUUGAGCAGGAUUCUCCAAGAAACAAAGAAGACAUGGAGGAUGAUGAAGAGGAGAUGCAACAAAAAGGGUGUUUGGAAAGGAGAUAUGACACAGUAUGUGGUUUCUGUAGAAAACACAAAACCACUCUUCGGCACAUCAUCUGGGGCAUUUUAUUAGCAGGUUAUCUGGUUAUGGUGAUUGCAGCCUGUGUGCUGAACUUUCACAGAGCCCUUCCUCUUUUUGUGAUCACCGUGGCUGCCAUCUUCUUUGUUAUCUGGGAUCACCUGAUGGCCAAAUACGAACAUCGAAUUUAUGAGAUGCUGUCUCCCAGCAGAAGGCUUCUAAACGGCCAUUGGUUCUGGCUGAAGUGGGUGAUCUGGAGCUCCCUGGUCCUAGCAGUUAUUUUCUGGCUGGCCUUUGACACUGCCAAAUUGGGUCAACAGCAGCUGGUGUCCUUCGGUGGGCUCGUAAUGUACAUUGUCCUGUUAUUUCUAUUUUCCAAGUACCCAACCAGAGUUUACUGGAGACCUGUCUUAUGGGGAAUCGGGCUACAGUUUCUUCUUGGGCUCUUGAUUCUAAGGACUGACCCUGGAUAUAUAGCUUUUGAUUGGUUGGGCAGGCAAGUUCAGACUUUUCUGGAGUACACAGAUGCUGGUGCUUCAUUUGUGUUUGGUGAGAAAUACAAAGACCACUUCUUUGCAUUUAAGAUCCUGCCAAUCGUGGUUUUCUUCAGCACGGUGAUGUCCAUGCUGUACUACCUGGGACUGAUGCAGUGGAUUAUUAGAAAGGUUGGAUGGAUCAUGCUAGUUACUACAGGAUCAUCUCCUAUUGAAUCUGUAGUUGCGUCUGGCAAUAUAUUUGUUGGACAAACGGAGUCUCCACUGCUGGUCCGACCAUAUUUACCAUACAUCACCAAGUCUGAACUCCACGCCAUCAUGACCGCCGGGUUCUCUACAAUUGCUGGAAGCGUCUUAGGUGCAUACAUUUCUUUUGGGGUUCCAUCCUCCCACUUGUUAACAGCCUCGGUUAUGUCGGCACCUGCGUCAUUGGCUGCUGCUAAACUCUUUUGGCCUGAGACAGAAAAACCUAAAAUAACCCUCAAGAAUGCCAUGAAAAUGGAAAGUGGCGAUUCAGGGAAUCUUCUAGAAGCUGCAACACAAGGAGCUUCCUCCUCCAUCUCCCUGGUGGCCAACAUUGCUGUGAAUCUGAUUGCCUUCCUGGCCCUGCUGUCUUUUAUGAAUUCAGCCCUGUCCUGGUUUGGAAACAUGUUUGACUACCCACAGCUGAGUUUUGAGCUAAUCUGCUCCUACAUCUUCAUGCCCUUUUCCUUCAUAAUGGGAGUGGAAUGGCAGGACAGCUUUAUGGUUGCCAGACUCAUAGGUUAUAAGACCUUCUUCAAUGAAUUUGUGGCUUACGAGCACCUCUCAAAAUGGAUCCACUUGAGGAAAGAAGGUGGACCCAAAUUUGUGAAUGGUGUGCAGCAAUAUAUAUCAAUUCGUUCUGAGAUAAUCGCCACUUAUGCUCUCUGUGGUUUUGCCAAUAUUGGGUCCCUAGGAAUUGUGAUCGGCGGACUCACAUCCAUGGCCCCUUCCAGAAAGCGUGACAUCGCCUCGGGAGCAGUGAGAGCUCUGAUCGCGGGGACCGUGGCCUGCUUCAUGACAGCCUGCAUCGCAGGCAUACUCUCCAGCACUCCUGUGGACAUCAACUGCCAUCAGGUUUUAGAGAAUGCCUUCAACUCCAGUUUCCCUGGAAACACAACCAAGGUGAUAUCUUGUUGCCAAAGUCUGUUGAACAGCACUGUUGCCAAGGGUCCUGGUGAAGUCAUCCCAGGAGGAAACCACAGCCUGUAUUCUUUGAAGGGCUGCUGCACAUUGUUGAAUCCAUCAACCUUUAACUGCAGUUGGAUCCCUAAUACAUUUUGAGGUCAGCCACUUCUCCAGUGGAACUCUUAAGUACAGAUGCUGAAUUUUCUACUUUGGAGAGAAAAAAAAAAACUACUGCCCACAGAUUGAUAUUUCCAUCAUGGAAUCAGCUUUAAUGGCAAGGAAUGAAGAAAAACAAGAGUGGCCCUUCAGAGCUACAACAUCUUCCUCCUCCCCUUCACUCCCCACCAGCCCCUUCCCCACGGAGAACUCUGAUGUCCCGAAGUGAGGUGGUGUGGUUUCCAGUCUCAAUGGUAUUUUCUGACUUUAAUGUUUCCAAGGCAUUUCACCAGAAUACAGCUAUCAAUGGCAGCUCCCAACAACUGGGCUGUGACUCACCCACACCCACUUAGUGUCCACCAACUAGUUCAGGGUGACUCAGCUUAAGCACAUCUCAGGUGAGGUCACUCUGCAUACACCUUGGCUUACCUGAAAUAGCCUGAACUUGAAUCUCACAUAAGGGGAAACUAGUCAUCAAUCACCAACUCAUUGACUACCCUCAGGAAGUCCUCCAGAAAUCAAGAAUCCUUGAGGAGAACACGUGGACCAUACCAAAACCAGGGUUUAAAUCUAUUCUGCUUAAGAGUUCUAUCAGUCAGUGUAAGCAUAAGUUACGCUGCACUAGCAAACAACCCUAAAAACCUCAGUGGCUUACAGAUUUAUUUUUCACUCACAUGUUUGUAACGAUCCAUGUUGAUUGUAAUGCAUAUUGCUUCAGGACCCAGUCUAAAGGAGCAGCCUCUAAGCGGGGGCGUUUUGGUCUUAAGAGGGAAAAGAAAGGUGGGAACCACGUGAUGGCUCUUUCAUCUUCUGCUAGGAAAUGAUACCCUUUAUUUCCAUGACAUUCCAUUAGCCAAAACAAGUCCUGUGACAGGCACGAUGUCAGUCACCACAGUUAAAUUCUUCUGUCAUAGGGAG